AUGACAGCCAAGAUGGACGUUGCCACGCUCGUGGCGCAGAUGAACGAGGCCCUCGCAUCGAUCCACGCGACGAUCGAGGGCCUGUCGACGUCCGCCGCCGAGAGCGACACGAAACUCGACGAGCUCGAGCAGAAGCGCGACAUGACGCUCGCCGAGCUCAAGGCCGCGUAUGAAAAGGAACAACAAGAGCUCGCGGCCGCACGCCAGAAGGAGCUGGACGACAUUGCCGAGCAGCGGCGCAGGGAAGACGAGGAGCGUGAAGCCCGCCGCCGCAGAGAGGACGAGGAGCUCGCGGCCCGCAAGGCCAAGGAGGACGAGGAGAAGAAGGGCACGUUCGACACCACGACCCGUAAUGUCGAGGACGAGAUGGACGACCUCAUGGACAGCAUCGAGGAGGAGACGGCCAAGAAGAUUGCCCAAGGCGAAGCCAAGCUGGCGGAGCUCGAAGAGAAGAGAAGAGAACUCAACCGCUUGAUCGAAGAGCAGAUGAAGGCAGCGGUGCCUCCCAUACCGACGCGGAAGCGUGCCAGAACGGUCCGGAACUCCAGCGCCGUCCCAUCCGCCGAACCGUCCCCUCUGCCACCGGCCGAGACCCUCGCCGAGCAUGCCGCAGGAAACAAAGGCGUAGAAGACCAAGACUCAAUACCAGGCGAGGGAACGGCGGAGGAGGGACUUGAAGGUGACGACUCCCGGCCACAUCCCGAAGAACCCGUGGCUGAAAAGAAUGUGGAGGAGGGCGCUAGUACCGAGGGGACACAGCCCGGCGAGGACUCCGGGGAGACGCCCCCGACCGAGACGGUGUCUCCCGAAGAGCCUGCCAAGGACGAGACGAGUCCCCGGGAGCCGGCUGUUGAGGCGGAUACACCGGCAGAGGCUUCCGAGCCCGAGGCCGAGGCCGAGUCGACGCCGGCGGAAGACACCAACCAGGAGACCGCCCCGGACGAUGUCGGCGACAGAUCCUCAGUCCUCAACACCGAAAACCACAAAGAGGAUGUCCCGGACGAGGCUGAAGAGAAAAUUGCCAAGGUUCCGGAUACUGCUCUUGCAGAAGAGAACAGUGUUUCUCAGUCCGAGACGCCCGAGACAACGUCCCGAGGCGCAACGGCCGAGGAGCCCGUCGCCGAAGAGCCACUCACCGAAGAGACACCUACUGGAGAGCCGGCACCUGAUGCAAUUCCUUCUGAAGACAUCUUGACCGCCGAGGAAGCUUCUGCUAUCGAAGAAACCCCUGCCCUUGAAGCGACUGCAGCUAGUGAGACGCCAGCUGGAGAAGCAACCGAAGAGGAAGCGCCCGCCACGGAGGACACUCCGGCAGAAGAGGCCCCAGAAGCAGAAGAGACCUCCAAGGAAGCCCCUUCUGACGAUGGAAUUCUCAAAGAAUCCCCCGAAUCUGUAGAAGCAUCGGUGUUGGAAAGAGGUGCGUCUGAUGAUGGCGGCAAGGAGGAUGUUCCGGUCGAAGAGAACGCAACUGCCCACGAGCCCGCCGAGACCGUCGAGGAGCCGGGAGAACAGCCUGCUGAAGAGACAACCGCGGUCGAGCCUUCUGAGGAGCAGAAUGCCGACCAGAGGAUUGAUGCUUCACCCGAACCGAGUCCUGUGAGCGAGGAUGAGAAUACCCCCAUGGUGGUUAGAGAACAGGCUACUGGGAAAGAUGCCGACGAGACUGUGGGAGAAGACUCUACGCCUGAGUUAUCAAUAAGGGCCGUAGCCGACGCUGAGCAGGUCGUAGGGGAGGCCCAGCCAGAGACCAACGACGAGCAAGCUGAAGCGCACUUGGGAGACGCCCACGACGUCCCCGAUAUCGUCUUUACGCCUGUUGCAGAGGAGUCAGGCGAGACGGCAUCUCCUCAAGAAGAGGCCCCUCUUCAAGACGAGGAUGACACUGCCGCGAGGUCUCCCGUCGCAGAUGAAUCCCCAGUAGAGGAUGGGGCCGCUUAUCAAGAACGCACUCAGCUCGAAGACGACACCGUGACUCUAGAGGCCUCUUCAGCUGAACCGACGGAACCUCUGGAAGAAGCCGAGAACAACGCUCUGAGGGAGACUGCCAAAGAGACCGAUGCUCUCGCCACCGAAGAUGCGGUGCUAGCGCAAGAAUACAACCAGCAGGAGGAGGCCGAAGCCUCACUCGAACAGCAAGCCCCCGAGGAUGUCACAGUUCAAGACGAGGUCUUUUCUUCCCAGGAUGCUGCCGCGGAAAAGGGUUCAGAGAACCCAGACGAGUCCCAGCUCGCGGAUGACACGCCUCAGGCGGAGACACCUAACGAGCCCGAAUCUCUAGCCGAAGAUACGGCGUUCGUACAGGAAGACAGCUCUCACGAUGAAGCUCCUGCUGCCGACGCCCAGGGCCCCGAGGAUAGCCCGCUCUCGGAAGAGACUCUUGCUCCCAAGACGCCUGUCGAUGAGGUCACACUUGAACAAGAGCCUUUGGAUGCGGAGGAGUCCCCAGCACAAGAUGAGAUCCCUGGUGAAGACGAAGUCGAGGUCAAGGAGGUCACGAACGCUCAAGAUACGUCAAAGGACGAGGACUCGACUGAAGCGGAAGCCGAGGACCCCGUCCAAGGCGAAGCGUCUAUCGAGGAGAAUACCGAAGUCACGGCAGCUGAUGGCUCAUAUAAGGAGGAAGCUGGCACAGAAAACGCCGUGGAGACGACUGCUUCCGAGACUAUCGACACGAGGGAAGUCGAGCUCGCCAAGGCAGAGUCUGUCUCCGAGAAACCUGAUCCAGAGGAUGACGAGGCCUCUCCAAACGAGGAUGUUCCUCCAGACUUGACGGCAGAAACUGACGAGGCCCAAGAAGAGGAAGAUGUUACCGAAGAAGCCUCUCAGGACGCUGCGGUGGACGGCCUCUCCAAGGAGAUCGUCGACCAAGAAAAGGCACCAUCAGACAGCGCGACGCAGGCCCAGCUAGACGCCCCAGAAGGCCAGGUGGAAGUCAAUGAACCGGCCCAGACUGCCCAAGAGGAGGGAGAGGCUGUCCGGUACCAGGAAGACGGGGAUCAGACUGACGACGCCGAUGGUUCUGCACUUCCUGACAGCCAAGAUGAGGUCAAGCAGAUGCAGCUGCCUCGGUCAGAGGACAACGAAGACCAGGAAAACCAGAGCCUGUCUGAGCCAGCAGGGCACCAACCGGAAGAGAAAAGCCCCUCAGAAGAACAUGUGAAGCAUCCUCCCUCGGCCAUGACGCCGCUGUUUGAGACAGAGGAGCAAGACGCCGAGACCUCCGCCACAGCCCCUUUCCACGAUGAGGCCGCGAGCCCGCUUACACAAGUCCACGAAGAAGACUUCAACGAGUUCAGAAAGGACCAAGAUGGGGUUACCAACUCGAUUGUAAACGAAGAGACUAUCAAGACUGAGGUCGACGACGCUCAAGAAUAUGAGUUCAAGAUGUCGGCGGAUGAAGAUGACAUUAACGACAGGAGCCACGUCGAUGAGUACCACCAACACGACGAUCAUGGUGCCGCGCUCAAAGAGUCCCCAAGUCGCGAAGUGGACGUCACAUUGGAUCCCACGCAACCCGAGUCCCACCACGCCGAGGUCGGAGUCGUAGCCUCGUAUCACCAGGACGCGAGCUUCGACGAUGCUGAUCGUUUGAGCGAGCCCGACAUCGACACCUCCGCCAUCACCGAAAUCACCGAGCCUGAUGCGCCAUCUGUCGAUGAAAGCUCCGGUGAAGCCUCAAUCGUCGAAGCGUACUUCCAUCCCGAGUCUGUGAGCCGCGAUAUCUCUGCAGACCCGGAUGCCACGCUCGACAGCUCCUACAUGGCCGAGCCCCUGAGCAUGGCGGCAGACCAGAGCUAUGAGCUGGACCAGCAUCACGACAGCUUCUUACCGAAUUCCAGUGUCCAUGACCAUCAUGAGGACAGCGAACAUUUUGCAUCAAGACAAGUCCUUUUCGAUGAAGAAGAAGGCAACGGGUCUUCUCCUGCUCGGAGCGUCGAGGCAGAUAGCGAUGUGGAUGAGCCGUCCGAGGACUCAUACAACCCCUUUGCCAGAGCCAGAGCCACGAGUUUCGAGCAGCCGGCAUACCAGCCGUCAGACAAUAUCCCGUACAACCCGUUCGCACUACAGACGGUCAUCGAGGAAGAGACGCCCCAAGAAUCGCACAACCCUUUCGCCAGGAGGGGAACCGUUGACGUCGACGACGAGGUGUCGGAAGCCUCUUACAACCCCUUUACUCGCAACACCACGACCAGCGCCGCCGCCGACAACUUCUUACGCUCGGCCAGCGCCCUCGGCCACAGCCAGCCGUCUUCCCCCGAGCAGACCUUCGCCCGGUCCGCCAGCGCGCAAGGACGUCGUCGUGACAGCGUCAGCUCCAACAACCCGUUCGCCAGGAGCAUGAAGCCCGACGACCAGAAGAACCUCUGGUCAACGACGGCGGCCAGUACCCGUGGACAGCAUGAGGCGGCAACGCACUCGUCCAACAACCCCUUUGCCCGGAACGCCUCGGCACAGGGCUACUACGAGCCGGACGACGCCGACACCGAGAGCGAAACCGACGACGAGGAGGCGCUCGCGGCGGCCGAGGCAACGUACAAGAACCUGUUCCCCGCCGGCCACGGCUCCCCGAACGCCAACAACGGUUUCGUGUCGGCGGCUCCGGGCAUCGAGCGUCGGCAGCCCACGCCGCAGGUCCCGGACUCGAUGUACAACAACCCCUUCGCUUCGAGAAGAGGCGACGACGUCGACGAGGCGAGGUUCCACCGGGGUCUCUCGUCGUCCCCGGCAGGCGGGCAUGACUACUACACGUACUCGGACGCGGAUGCCGAAGGACUCGACGGAGAAACUAGCCCGGUCGCUCACCACUUCGUCCAGGAGAGCAGCCCGAUCUCGGCCAGGCACCUCGCCCCGACGAACCUCGAGAGCAUCCAGGAGCGCUACAACAGCGAGCUGGAGGAUAUGGACUCGGAAUCGGAGGGGCCGGAGAGCCUCGCGACCUCGCAGCAGCUGCCGGGCCGCCCGCAGAGCCGCGGUGUCGUGCCCGCCAUGCCGAGCAUCGCCGAGCGGUCUCACCGGGACUUUGACGGGUCCGACGAGGAGGGGGGGGACUGGGAUCCUCAAGCGCACGCUCCUCGGACCAGCAGCCAGAUCGAUGCGUCGUUGGCAUCCUCCGAGUACAGACCUCCCCCUCCUCCUACCCGUCCCUCGCGUGUCCCGAACUCCCAAGACGUCUACUCCCAAGACAUCUACUCCCAAGAAGAGGCGGGAGACUCAUCCGAGGACGAUGGAGACAUCUUCCGCUCGAACCCUGCCCCAUCAGCUCACCCAAGUACAUUCUCACCAUCGCAGUACAACGCAGCACCUCACCACGAACAGCAGCAAGCGGAAGACUCGUUGGAGGAGGAAACAGAUGGAUGGGACGAUGCCUUGACGGCAGUACAGCCAAACCCUCGCCCGACCGCACAGCUGGAAGCCACUGAAGUCCCCCAUCCGCCUCCUCCACGCGCCGCCCCCGGUUCUCAGGGUUUCCAUCAUCAUCAUCAUCAUCAAGAGCAGCCGGACUCAAGUGAGGACGACGAAGCCCCCCAUAGCCAAAACAUUGCUCGGCCUGGUCAGUUCCCCUUUUCAUCAUCAGUAUCAUCGUCUCAGUUCAGGGCCGCUUCGCCCCCGACCCAGCCUCUGGGAUACGCAAUCUCUCAGGUACAGGAUAGACAGGAUUUCGAGGGUGGCUCAGAGGGCGGGGAGGAUGCGUGGGACUCGAACGCCACUCGGCCCGGUCAGAUUCCAACUCUAUCGACGUCGCAGUACAGAGAGACUCCUCCUCCUCCGCCGCCUCCGCCUCGGCGUCUACGCGCACCCAGCGCACAGGACCGCCACCAUCAAGAUCCCCGGGACUCCGACAGCGGUGACGAGAACGAGGAGGCAUGGGAAGCUAAUACUUAUGGUCAGACAACGGACAUGAUGGGAGCAAGCAGCCUGAUGGGGAACAACCGGAUGGAGGUCGACACAGGAAUCUCAUCGACGCCCCCGGGAUCGGAUCCGAUGAUUGCCUCCAGCCCGCCGCCGAUGCCGCCGCCGCCAUCGUCCUCAGCAAACCCAAUGAUGCCCGACAGCCCGGUGUUACCUCCAGACAUCCCGGCGAGGUCAGCAUUCAGGGAGUCGGCACUGGCAACAAGCAGUCAGGGCCUACAAAGUCGCCCAAGAGAAGAAGACGGGGGAGAAAGCGAUGAUUCCUGGGAGAACAUCGGGCAGCGCGGCGAGGCAAACGCCGUCGGCAUCGACGACAGCAACAACAUCAACGACGACAACGACAACACGACGGCAGGCCAGACAUCAUCCAACGCGGCCGCGCCUCAGCUGCGCGUCGACAGCUACGAGCAACGAUGGCCCAACGGGAGCAACGACCAGAUCUCCACGGCGUCGACGAUGCUCCAGCCGUCGGGACCGGGAGACUUCACCGACACCGAGUCUCAGGGGUACGUGACCCCGUUGCCGUCGGCAGGGUUCAGCGCGUCAUCGCAGUACACGCAAGCCGCCACGGACUCGCCGCGACACCCGGACUCGGGCGGCAUGAAGGACGUCUACGAUCAGAGCUACAACCGGGGUGCCGCGAGCUCGCCGUACGACCAAGACAUAUCGACGGUAUCGUACGGCCAUGCGUCGUCACUGGCAGAAGAGCUUGCCCGGGACGACGACGAAGACGACAACGACGACUCGGAGUAUGACAGCGAGUACGAUCACACUCAAGCACCUGCGUUCCUCACUCAGAUCGGCACGGCUCAGCAACAACACGAGCAGCAACAGCUUCAACAGCAACUCGAAUCCAACGAGCCAGUCCUGGAGCAGGUCGUCGACUCGUUCCAUAGCGACGACGACGAUGACGAUGACGAGGGACCAAAGACGGCCGUCAUCUCGACGGAUGGACAACCCCUGCAGUAUGCCUCGGCCCGGUUCGGUGCCACUUCCUGGCGGGACGAGCUCCGGUCUCCCACUCUGUUCGGGGCCACGAGACACAGCCGCUCGGGGUCCCUGAGAGAAGAGUUCCAGAGGUCUCUUCAUCAGGAUGCCGAGGCCAGCCACCCCUCGCCCCUUCAGUCUGCGUAUCAGCUUCAGGCCCAGCCCCAGCCCGAAGAGCAGAGGCAAGACUCGGACGAGGAACAGCCAUCUCAGGUUUAUCACCAAGAGCCCUUCGGUCAACAAGCGGUUCAGACGCAUGGACAAGAGACGUCGUUUGGUCAACAACCGUCGUCUCAGGUCCAAAGCCAUCAAGCCCCCGAGCCCGAGGUGCAAGUGACCGAGGUCGAGGCAGAGGAGGAACACGAGCAGACAACUCCUCAGUUGGCACCCCAAAGUGAGCAUGCGCCUGACAUCAGCCCCCUCGCUUUGCAACAGGAGUCCCCGGCGACGCCGUCUCCCUCCCGCGGCCUCGCCUUCAGCAGGCACAAUCCUGACCGACCGCAGACGCCGCCGGCACAACCCGCCCCGGAGGAGGAGGAGGAGGCCAUUGACCCCGAGUUGAUGAUCCCACGGGACGUGACCAACGUCCCGUGGCACGCCCGGACGGACUCGGUGCCGCACUCGAUGCGCAGCCAGAGCACCAUCGACUCCAUCGCCUCGUCGCCGGUGCACUCGGCCCUGCACGCCGACAAGCACGAGCCCGUCAUCCGGGACUCGUGGCCGGCGUCCGUCCAGCACCUGACGAGGCCGCGCAACGACUCGGCCCUGAGUACGGACCGGGACCGGGACGACUACGACCCCUUCCGGUUCGAAGGCGCCGCCACCGCGAAGCAGCUUGUGGGAGCCGGAGCCGGAGCCAUGCGCGCGCCCUCGGGCUCCAUCGGCUCCAGCUCCGACAGCCCGCCGCGGAACACGGCGUCGAACGGGUCCCCCGGCAGCCUCAUCAGCAGGAUGCGCGGCAUCUUCGAGAACGCCGCCCAGGCCAAGCAGGAGCCGCCGACGAGCCCGGUCCGGUCGCGGCCUGUGUCGGGUGUCUUUCACUCGGUCCGGCGCGGCAGCACCAAACCCGGGGCGCCCAGCGGAGACGACGCAUUGUCAAUGUCAACCCUGGAUGCGGAAAAAGGAUCCCCGAGUGAGAGAGAGAGAGAGAGAGAGGGAAAUUCCAGUAGCUCAGCUCAAGCCUUGUGCCGAGAAUGGGUUGGGACCGGCGAAGCCUUCUUCCACGACACACCCGCCUUGCCAGACUGUGAAUCACCGAUUCCUCUCCUCUACUCUACUCCACUCCAUCUCACCCCCCCCGGGCCGCCGUUAGGAAAGAUGUCCACCCCCCAGAACGACGCUCUCCAGCCGUCCGGCUCGGGCCGGAGCUUCAAGCGAGCCGCCGUGGCGUGCAAAGCGUGCAACCUUCGCAAGGUGAGGUGCACCGUCACCCUGUCCGGACCCCCGUGCGCCAACUGCACCAUCGACGGCAUCACAUGUGUAGUCUUGAGCCGGAAGAGACGCCGCAACUCGGAUCAGCUUCCCACUCCCGUGUCGGGAGACCAACCCGCCGGGGAGGACUCGGCCAUCACCGCGCAGAGGGGCGAGCCUCGGCCUCGGCGGCGUCUACUCGGGCCACAACAACAGGGUCUGGGUCUCUUCACUCCCGCACUGGACGACGAAAAAGAGGUCGAGUCCCAAACCGACCGCGUCACGUCUGCGCCGCCUGAGGGAAGUCAGCGAAGCCCCCACCCCAACAGUGGCGGGCCGAGGUCCUGGACGCCCGAACGGCCGGCCGAGACAAGCCCGCCAACGGUUGAGAGGCCGCCUGCGCAGCAGUCAAGCCGGCCUUACGAUGCCGUGAGAUCUCUGCUUCAGACGACCAACCCGCGGCCGCCGGAGCCCUCCGAAUCGGGCGAGGAUAGCUCCGCGUAUGCCAAAACCCUGGCAGGUGGUGGUGGUGGUGGUGGUGGUGGUGAGAAGACCCGCGAGGACAACUGCGUCCCCUUCUAUCCAGGAGACCAACGCGGGCCCGCGUUCCUGAUCGACAUCUGCGAGCCCAACAGGCCCUCGGCGGACAACCACUUCAUGGUGCCCAUGCCGUCCAUCAAGGCGCUCUCGCCGGAGGACGUCAACUACCUGAGGGCCAAGGGCGCCUUCACGCUCCCGCCGGUCCGCGUCCGUGACGCCAUGAUCCGGUGCUACUUCCACUACGUGCAUCCGUUCGCGCCGAUCCUGGACGCCGGGGAGUUCAUCACCGAGUACGAGCGGGGGCGGAAGAGCCUUCUGCUGCUGUGGAGCAUGUUCAUCGCGGCGGCGAGCGUGGGUUGUCCCCGAUGUUUGCGCGCCUGCGUCCUGCGUAACAGUGCUGACCCGGCCCGCCAGUUCGUCGACGACAGCUUGUUGACUGCGGAUUUCUUCCCGUCCAAGAGGGCGCUGAAGAGGGCCAUGUAUCAAAGAGCAAAGGUGGCUCUAUAUGACGCAGACUACGAAAAAGACAAGGUGACGUUAAUCCAGUCCGUCUUCUUGAUGGGACACUGGUACACCAGCACAGACGACAGGGCCGGGCCGUGGCACUGGAACGGCAUCGCCAUCAGCCUCUCCCACACCAUCGGCCUCCAUCGUCUGCAGGUGCCCGCUAGUGGACAACAGGCCUCGCAAGGGAUCAAGCCUCUGUGGCGACGUCUCUGGUGGUCGCUGUACACCCGUGAGGUGUGGCUGUCCCUGGGCCUGGGCAGGCCGAUGAGAAUCGCCUUUGACGACUUCGACACGCCCAUGCCCGCUGCCUGCGACGCCGAUGUCAUCCCCUCCGAGGUCAGAUGGGACCUCGGGAGAAAAUACCUCCCCGAAGACCUCUGCUUCUUGUUCGAUCUCUGGGUUUCCUUUGUCGGGCUGUCGACCGCCCUCAGCCACGUCCUGUCGACCAACUACCGGGCCAAGGGGGUGAAGCCGUCCAAGGCCGACAUCGAGCACGGUGAGAGCAAGAUCCGAGCCUAUCAGUAUGCGAUACCCGAGUCUGCGAGCCAAGGGCAGGUCGUUGCCUCUCAUGUACACCAGUUCAAGCUCUAUUUCGACGCUGACCAAGACCCGAGGACUUCCAUCAUCGUUCUUUUCCGGCCCUUCAUCCUCGACACCCCGAGAGAGGUCCCGGCCUCGGACCAGGAAAGCUGGAGGGCGUUUGCCUGCCAGAAGACGAGGACGGCCGCGUCCAACGCGAGUGCCGCGAUGAACUCCAUGAUGGCCGAGGACCUCAUCCGCUUCUGUCACACCCUCACAGUCAUUGCCGUCGUGCCCCCAAUGCAAAUCCACCUCUUCGAAUCAACAUCGCCGAAGCCGAUGGCCCGCCAGCGAGGCAGACACAACCUCGCCCUCUUCAUGCUCGCCCUAGACGAGCUGCGAACGGCCUACAUCUCGGCAGAGGCGGCCUACACCCUUUUCGAGGCGGCCAUCAGCAAGAUCGAGAUGACGCCGGCGGAUGAGCAGCAGCAGCAGCAACAACAGCCGCUACAGGCGUCCCCGACGGCCCGGAGUCCGGACAACGGUGUCUGCGGGAGCUUGCCCGACGGCUGCGGCAUGGGCUUCGCGGGUCUCUUCGCGGAGAUGUGGACGCCGCUGCCGAUCGCGGGUGCGGACGAUGCGUCGCUGUCUGGAACCCACACCGACUCGUGGUUGGACAUUGAGGCAAUGGACAGGCUUUGGACUUUUGAUGAUCCCAACAUGUCAUGA